GAUGGAGUAUUAAAGAAAUUGAAUGAUUGAAUAAUUGAGAUGAUUUCUGUUAUUUAUCGUCUAAUGAUGAUCCAUCGAAUAUGAACACUGGGACCCACGCGCACCGCAGAGAAAAAGGCAAAACCAAAAUAUUUCAUCGUGCGUGUUUGUCAAAUAUCCAAUCACCAUUGGCGUUUCAUACUUUCAUAAAUGAAGCUUUUAAUUCUCCUAUAAUUCUUUUCUCUCCUCUCUGACAUACUCCCACUCAGUAGCUUUCACUCAAUCAACGACGUACCUCUUUUUCAAGAAAACUUCAACAAGUGGGAAACAAGGCUCUCUUUCGUAACCAAGAAAAGCAUCCCUUUUUCUCACCGAAUUUUGAAAUUGGUGAAUUUCGGCAUUAGAGGGGAAGAGAAGGAUUUGAAGUGAUAAACUUUGGGCUUUUAUGCUCUUUUUGGUGGAAUUUAAGGGCUGGCAUAAGUGCUAUUAACUGUGGUGGAACUUUUUUACUGAAAGAUUGGAUUUUGGCAGGUGCGGUGAGGAGAACUGACUGAUUUUGCCUCAAUGUUGUGUUGUGUUAAGGGAUCAAAUCGGAAAAAUGAAGGGAAAAAGGAGCCCAAAAAGUGGAGGAUUUUUUCUUUGAAGGAACUGCAAUUGGCUACGAAUAAUUUUAACUACGAUAACAAGCUUGGAGAAGGAGGAUUUGGAAGUGUGUAUUGGGGUCAGCUCUGGGAUGGCUCUCAAAUAGCUGCAAAAAGGUUAAAGUCGUGGAGCAGCAAAGCAGAGAUGGAAUUCUCAGUGGAAAUCGAGACACUUGCUCGUGUGCGCCACAAGAAUCUACUGAGUCUGCGCGGCUACUGUGCACAAGGGCAAGAGCGCCUUAUCGUCUACGAUUACAUGCCCAAUCUGAGCUUGCUUUCUCAUCUUCACGGGCACCACGCAGCCGAGGGCCAUCUCGACUGGGGCAGGCGGAUGGACAUCGCUCUUGGCACUGCAGAGGGCAUUGCCUAUCUACACCACAAUGCGACACCGCACGUCAUCCACAGAGACAUCAAAGCUAGUAAUGUGCUGCUAGACGGCGACUUCAAAGCCCUGGUUGCUGAUUUCGGGUUUGCAAAGUUGAUCCCGGAGGGAGCAACGCAUGUGACCACCAAAGUGAAGGGGACGCUCGGGUACCUAGCUCCGGAAUACGCGAUGCUGGGGAAGGCGUCGGAGAGCUGCGACGUGUACAGCUUCGGCAUUCUGUUGCUGGAGCUGGCUAGUGGGAAGAAGCCACUAGAGAAGGUCGGGUUGGGGAAGAAACGUGAGAUUAGAGAUUGGGCGGUACCGCUAGCUCGUGAGAGGAAGCUGAAUGAAGUCGCUGAUCCAAGGCUAAAUGGGAAGUAUGUCGAAGAUGAGUUGCAUCGACUUAUCUUGGUUGGACUGAACUGUGCGGAUAGUCGACCGGAGAAGAGGCCCACCAUGCUUCAAGUCAUCCAACUGCUUAAAGGCGACCACCACGAACUCGCAGUCCUCCAAAAUGAUGAGAGCUUUAAGAGUAGCUCACUUGCAGAUUCUGGGACAGAGGAUAGCUCCGAGACUCUCGCAGAAGAGAUGGACUCCAAACAAGAAAUUGCAAAUUUCUAACUUCAUUUUGUCUUCACUCAUCUUAUGGAAAGGCAUUUACUCAA